AUGCGCAUCUCAGUGGAAUUGGUUCCCCACACGGCUGGGGAGGACCAGGAACGCUUCGUGCGCUGCCAGCUCCUCCUGGAUGUGCCGCAGAGCUACCCGCAGAGACCUGUACGGCCAGCGUUGGGUACUUCACGAGGCCUUACGGAGUCGAGAAGCAGGGAUUUCAUCUCCAAGCUGAGUGCUGAAGCUGUUUUGCUGCUCGGGCAGCCUGCGCUGUAUGCGCUUCUUCAGGCACGAGGAUGGUUUGUGCCGGUUGUUGCAGACUACGGUUCCCUGGGCCGUGGACCUAUUGACAGUAUGACCAUCCAGGCAGCGCAGGACAUGCUGACGGUUUUAAACUCACCCAGCGGUGACUGCGCCAUUUGCCUCCUGGAGCUUGAUGCGGAUGAUGCCGAGGCAGACCCGGUGGUGCGAACUCCGUGCUACCACGCAUUCCAUCGUGGGUGCUUGGCAAGCUACUGGUGGACAGAAUGGGACAAGCAGCUACGGCCUUUGAGCUUGCGGUCCCAGUACAACUGCCACGUUUCCACUGCACAGGUUUCCUGCCCUGAGUGCCGCACACGGCUGCCUUGGCCAGAGCUUGGUGCCCUGCAUUCGUUCUUGGAGGGCCGUGACGCUGAGCGGAAAGAGGCCCUUGCCCUGGUCCACCAGGAGCGAGAGCAGGAGAAGCAGGAGGAACCUGAGCAGCUCGAGGUUCUGCUUCCGCGCGAGGCGGAGAUGCCAAGGCUGCAGGUGCCAACCGCCGAAAAAUCAGAAGCGCUUCUGUUCGAGGUCGUGCACCCAAAGGGCACCUGCUUUCGAAGCCGACCGCGCUGGUCUGCGAAAGUUGCAAACGGCCAGGUAGCGAGAGGAGUCCAUGGAGUUGUGGCAGAGCUGGUUGAGGGUGACACGACCUAUCUCCGGCCGGAAGGUUCAAAGCACUUUCUUCCAGUCAAAGGCCUUUCUGCGAAUGUCAAGUUAAUACACCUGGAGCCUCAAUCCAAGGCCAGGGUCAUAUCUUAG